AUGGCGACCGAUCCUGCUGAAGCGCCUCGCCCAAAACGAAUUCCCUACUGGCGAAUCCUGACGGACCAGGGUGUUGUCACCCCCGAAAUCAUCGAUCAUCCUUACGUCGGCUCUGGAACUGAAGAAGAUCCUUUUGUAGUCGAAUGGAUUCCCGAUGAUCCACGCAACCCAAUGGGGUUUGAUACACGCCUCAAAUGGAUAUACACAGUCAUCGUCGCCUUCGCCACCUUCGCGGUAUCACUGGCCUCUUCGGCUUACGCCGGCAGUAUCAGUGAGGUGAUCAAAGACUUCAACGUGAGCGAGGAGGUGGCAACGCUCGGUGUGUCUCUGUUUGUACUUGGAUUUGCGGUUGGGCCACUCCUUUGGGCACCCUUGUGUGAGCUCAUGGGCCGUCAGAUCGUGUUCCUCAUCACAUUCUUCUCUCUAUCUGCGUUCUGUGCUGGCGCGGUCGGCUCGCAAAAUGUGUGGACCUUGAUCAUCCUGCGAUUCUUUGCUGGCUCAUUCGGAUCUUCUCCUCUGACUAAUGCCGGAGGGGUCAUUGCCGAUAUCUUCACUGCAGACAAGCGAGGGCUCGCGACUAGUCUGUUUGCAGGGGCCCCCUUCCUUGGGCCUACCCUGGGUCCGGUCGUCGGGGGAUUCCUGGGUGAAUACGCGACAGCCCAUCAUUUUCUGGGCUGGAGGUGGGUCCAGGUGUUCUUGGCCGUCUUCACGGGCCUGAUCUGGAUCGUCCAGGGCCUUGUGAUCCCCGAAACUUAUGCGCCUCUGUUGCUCAAUAAGCGAGCCGAUCGACUAUCCUCACUUACUGGGCAAGUCUACCGCAGCAAAUUCGAGAUAGACCGCGGUCGGCUAUCAGCUCGGGAUGCCUUCACUGCAGCACUAUCGCGCCCAUGGAUCCUGCUCUUUUCGGAACCCAUCGUUUUGCUACUCUCACUCUACAUGGCGAUUGUCUAUGGCACUCUCUAUAUGCUGUUUGAUGCAUUCCCAAUCAUCUUCCAGAACAUCCGUGGUUGGGGCGAGGGUGUCGGAAGCCUUCCAUUCCUAGCGGUCAUGAUUGGCAUGAUGGCAGCUGUUGGCCUCAACAUGUACGAUAACAAGCGAUAUGUCAGGAUUCACAAGGCACACGGUGGAUUUGCGCCACCCGAGGCCCGUCUUCCUCCCACCAUGUGGGGCGGUCUUGCUAUCCCCGUUGGGCUCUUUUGGUUUGCGUGGACAAACUCGGAGUCCAUCCCAUGGAUAGUGAGUGUCCUGGCGACUGCUCCAUUUGGCUUUGGCAUGGUAUUCGUUUUCCUUGGAAUCAUGAACUAUCUCAUCGACUCGUACACCAUAUAUGCGGCAUCUGUGCUUGCCGCCAACUCCAUCAUUCGCUCAUGCUUCGGUGCUGGAUUUCCUCUCUUCACGACUUACAUGUAUCAAAACCUUGGGAUUCAUUGGGCAUCAUGCGUCCCCGCAUUCCUGUCGCUUGCAUGUGCACCUUUCCCAUUCAUCUUCUAUCACUACGGGCCCGUGAUUCGUCGCAGAUGCAAGUAUGCCGCUGAAGCGGAUAGCUUCAUGCGCAGCUUGGCUCAGAAGGCAGAAAGAUCAGAAUCUGCGGAUAAGGAAAUUACCGAAGCUAAAGCAGAACCUCUCACCUCGCAACAGAGGGCUUCGGAAGAUGCAUCGUCGAUUCCCUCUCGUUCAUCUUUGGAACGCAUCGACACUGCCUACGAUGCCAAUCCUUAUGACAUAGACCACGUGAACACCCAAAACUCAGCCAUCACCCGUCGAUCGCAGUCCACCACAGGCCGUCGAUCAUGGUUACCUACCUUCGGACGCGACUAA